UAUGCGUGUCAUGAAUCUUCCUCCUACGUUAUCAUUUUAGAUCUCCCUCACAAUUUCUCUUUUUCAUCCCACUUUCUCUCUCCUCCAUUGAAGCGCGUACUCUGAAUUCUCCAUUGGAGGGGCUUCUGAGUUUUCUCUACUCCAUUGAAGCAGCUUCUGAGCAACUGAAAUUAAGGAGUAUACAAGAAAUGAAAGUCAAGCAAAAUCAGUAAUUAGGCGUAGUAGGUGAAGAGAAAGUCAGCAAUCUCAGCAUAUUGUUGUCUAAUCGUCUAGGUGAUGGCACUCCGAAAUGCGAGUUUGUUCCCGAAAUCAGCUUCAACGGAUAAUCGGUUCCAAGUAAAGUUGAGGUCUCCCUGCAGCUUUUCUUCUCCAGUAAAAGUGGGUUACAAGAAGAGGUUAAUAGUGGCAGCUCUAGAUAACAAGAGCAACGUUGGUGGCGGAGAUGCCAAGAAGGGUGCAGUCCCCAACUCGAAUUAUGUGGUACCACUUGAUAAAUCUGCAUCUUGCAUCACUCGUCCACUUGCUGAGAUCCUCCGAGAUCUUAACAAAAGGAUUCCUGAUAACAUCCUCAAACCCAACUCCAAAAUUAUUCCAUGGUACCACGCUAAUCGAAUGUUGAGUUUCUAUGCCCCAGGUUGGUGUGGAGAAGUACGUGAUGCCAUAUUCUCUGAUGAUGGAAGUGUAACAGUUGUUUACCGUGUCACUAUACGAGGAUCUGAUGGAGAGGCAUAUCGUGAAGCUACUGGAACAAUAUUGUCUAAUGACCCAAAUGCUGCUGAUCCAGUUGCUGCCGCAGAAGAGAUUGCCUUUGUCAGGGCCUGUGCUCGUUUUGGGCUUGGGUUGUAUUUAUAUCACGAGUAAUUCAUUUUUUCCCAUGUUUAUUCUGGAUUUUUGAUCUACAUACAAUCAUGUCUAGAUAAAGGCAUGUCGCAUGACAUCAUACGCGUUGACAUUGAAUGAGCAUCAGGUGAAAGCUUGAUGCCUUUGAGUGCUGUAAUUCUCUCCUGAAAGUAAAGCCAAACAAUGAGUUUACAAUUAGUACAAGUUACUGAAGUUAGCAUACCCACCGAGGGAUGAUUUGUCUGAGUUUGUCUUGUCAAAUGACAUGAUUCAGAUGUAGUUUGAUAAUUGAUUGGAUACUUGGGUAUAUUUAUCUUAAGUAUUUUAGACUGCAUAUAUAUACGCUAAAACCUUAUACAAUUCUAUUA